AUGGAGUAUGAAACUACCACGCCCCCCGCAGACGACCUGCGCGUACGACUUGCACUCAUCCGAGCACGCAUCGACAAAGACGAUGAUCCCGAAGGCCUCAACUCUGCCCUCCGCCGCAUGAAAAGCAGCAAACCCCCUCGUCACCCAACACGUCUCGGCAAGCUCGGCCAUGCUCUUCGAGCACGCUACAACCGCCUCGAGGACUCGCGCGAUCUUGACGACUCUAUUUGGGCGUACCGUCGCGCAGUUCAGCUCAUGGAGCACGGCACAGAGCACGAGAGACUACCGGGGUGCCUUGACGCUCUUGGUCGAGUGCUCACACGGCGCUUCAACGUUGGAUUUGACUGUGAAGAUAUCGACCAAGCCAUCUCGGCACGACGUCGCGCGCUCGCUCUUCUACCCUCCGAACAUCCACAUAAGCCAGGAUACGCACAUAACCUUGGGCUCUCAUUAUCCGUUCGCUUCGAACACUUCGGAGAGAUUCAAGAUCUCGAGGACGCCGUCGCAGCACACCGUAGUGCCGUCGAUUUAGAUACUACAUCGGACUCGGACCUCGCAAGCCCGCAUAAGCGUACUCAGCUCAGUUGUCUGGCACAGGCCCUGCUCAGACGAUUCACGCACCUGGGCAAACGUGAAGACCUCGACGAUGCGCUUACGAUGCAUUAUCGUGUGAUCGAUAUUCUUCCGGAGGGGCAUGUAGACGCUGCGACGCACUACUGCGAUCUCGGCAACGCACUGAACAUCUCAUUCGACCAUUUCGGAGAUCCAGAAGACCUCGAGGGCGCCAUUUCCGCACACCGUCUGGCGGUCAGCCUCGGCACCUCCCAUGUUGAUGGAGAGCGCUCAGAACGGACUGCUGAUUUCUUGAACUUUUACGGCAACACUCUGGUCCGACGCUUCGACCGCUUCGGAGAGCUGCACGAUAUCGAGGAAGCCAUUUCGACUCUCCGACGUGCAGUUGAUGUUACAAAGGAAGGGCAUAACUCACGAGCCGACUGUCUCAACGACCUCGGCUCUGCCCUACUGAGCCGCUUCCGCCGUUUCGGCUCGCAAGACGACAUACACGAAUCCAUCUCCCUCCAACGCAUCGCCCUCUCCCUCCGGCCCUCUCGCCAUCCCGAGUCGGAGAACCCGCACAUACUCAGCGCCCUCGGCUUCUCCCUCUACCACCGCUACGAGCAAAUUGGCGAUCUACAAGACAUCGAGGACGCAUUAUCCGCCCAAUACCGCGCCGUGGAACUCAUGCCCGACGAACAUAUCAAGCUCGCUAUGAUGUUGACCGAGCUGGGCAACUCCCUCGCUAUCCGAUUCCGUCGGCUGGGCGAGCACAAAGAUCUCAACGACGCGAUAUCACUUCAACGGCGCGCGGUCGACCUCAUGCUUGACGAACAUCCCGAUAAACCGAUGGCGCUGAAUAACCUCGCCGGGUCGUUGUACUGCCGUUUCGAGUCUUUCGAAAAGAGGGAGGAUAUAGACGAUGCAAUCUCGACGCUCGAACGCGCGCUUGAUCUAAUCAAAUACACCGAUCGGCCAGAGGAACUGGACUUUGCUGAUAAUUUGGGAUACAUGCUGUGUCAGCGCUUCAAUCUAUACCACGAAUCACACGACGUCGAGGCGUCUAUUGCGCUGCAGCGUCGUAUAGUCGACUCCACACCUGCCGGACACGCGGGCAAGCCUAAUCGGCUGAGCGGGCUCGGACUCGCGCUGCAAGCUCGUUUUGCUGCAUUUGGGGACGUGGACGAUAUCGACGACACUAUCUCUGCGCAUCGAGAGGCCGUCGAUCUCACAGCUGGUGAAGACCAGAAUAAGCCGACAUGGCAUACAAACCUCGGGAUCGCUCUAUCCGGACGCUUUGCUCUGCUUGGUCGCGUCGAUGACUUCAACAGCGCCGUGACAUCUUUUAUGGCAGCGACAGAUAGACCUCUGGGCGAUCCUCGCAUCCGAUUGAUAGCCGUACAAGAACUUGUCAAACUACACACAACCCACCCCACGACACGUCCUCCCUCGUCACUCCUAACAGCCCACUCGCGCGUCCUGGACGUCCUCCCCGAGAUCGUCUGGAUCGGAUACGCCCUAGACCGGCGCUACCACGAAUCCGCAUUCCUCAACGGACUCGUGACGUCCGCCGUAGCUGCUGCCAUCGACGCCUCUGCACUGCCCCAAGCGGUCGAAUGGCUCGAAGAAGGCCGAUCACUGAUCUGGUCUCAAGUUCUAUCUCUCCUGGAUGUACAGAAGAAGUUACAGCUUUCUUCAGCUGCGGAUCGCCAUCGGAGGCUUAUUCUGGAGUACGAGCAGCUGGUCAAGGAGAUCCGCGCGUGUGCCGGGUUCGAGGACUUUAUGCGGUCGGGGAUGAAGUCCGCAAACCUCGAAGACGGGCGUGACCCUGUCGUCUUUCUGAACGUUGCGCCGGCUCGUUGCGAUGCUUUGAUACUCGUUGGACGCGAGAUAAGGCUGGUGGAACUCCCGGACCUCACGCAGACAUGCGCGGAGAGCAUGCGUGCGCUGUGGAAUGCUCAACUUGCACAACACGGUGUGCGCCAGCGAGGGCACAGAGCUAUGAGCUGGGCCCGCGGCGCAGACAACGAGAGGGCAAGCUCGAUGAAGGGAGUACUAAGCUGGUUAUGGACGUCAGUCGUACACCCCAUCUUACAGUCGCUCGGUCUCGUACGCCCAUCCGUCGACACCAGCUCCUUGCCGCACAUCACGUGGUGUCCCACAGGCGCGCUCACCCAGCUCCCGCUCCAUGCCGCUGGGAUCUACGACGGACAGGGAGGCACUGGACCUCGGGCGUACGACUUUAUCGUGUCGUCGUACACCCCGUCGUUAUCUGCUCUCCAGCGCUGCCGCGCGGGCGCACGUUCUCGGUCGCGAGCCUCGGAGCCGAGCAUACUGGUACUGGCACAGUCCCACACGCCCCGGCCGGGCCUCUCCCCGCUCGAAAACGUCGCCGCCGAGAGCGCGUGUAUCCGCGCGUUGUUGCCGCCUGAGCACGGCCAUACGUUCCUCGAAGACGAGCACGCAACCGUCGACGCGGUGCUAUCCACCGUCAGCGAACACAGCUGGCUCCACCUCGCGUGCCACGGCUCGCAAAAACGCGGCGAUCCAUCGCAGAGCGCGUUCGAGCUGCACGACGGCCCACUGACGCUCUCCGCGCUCAUGUCAACCACCUCCCAAAAGGCGGAGCUCGCGUUUCUCUCUGCGUGCCAGACUGCGACAGGCGACGAGGAUAAUCCCGAGGAGAGCGCGCAUCUCGCGGCGGGGAUGUUGGGCGUGGGGUUUAGGGGCGUUGUGGGAACUAUGUGGUCGAUUGGGGAUGAGGAUGCGGUUGUUGUUGUUGGGGCGUAUUAUAGGAGGCUGCUUGAGUUGCGCGGGGGUGGUGGGUUGAGGGGAGGGAAGACGGGGGCGGCAUAUGCGCUGCAUGAGGCGGUUAGGGUGUUGAGAGAGAAGGUUGGGGAGGGGGAUUUGUUGAGUUGGGUUCCGUAUGUGCACUUUGGGGUGUAG